UAAAUUGUCAAGUCGUGACGACGUCUGAUCUAGCCCAGUGUAGUAUCGAGGUUAAAACAAAUUAUUUUUAAUUAUUUAUUUUCCUAGUCAAAUAAAUUGCAUUUCAUCACAUAAAAUAUGUUAUAAAUAAAGAAUAAUGACUUCGUUUAAGAUUGUUAUAUUUACUACUUUACUAUGUCACGUAACGUUAGGAUUUGCUUCUGACUAUCUACUUGAAGGUAUUUACUGCGGCAAAGAAAAUUGUUACGAUGUCCUGGGAGUCACCAGAGAAACUUCCAAAAGUGAUAUCGGAAGGGCUUACAGACAGUUAGCAAAGAAAUAUCACCCUGAUUUGCACCGAGGGCAAAAAGAUAAAAAAGAGGCCGAAGAAAACUUCAAACGGAUUGCGACAGCGUACGAAAUUCUUCGAGACGAUGAAGAGAGAUCUGAUUAUGACUACAUGUUGGAUAAUCCCCAGGCAUACUACGCCCAUUACUAUAGAUACUACCGACGGCGAUUAGCACCUAAAGUCGACGUCAGAAUCGUCCUAGCUGUUACUAUAACCAUAAUAUCUAUCAUACAGUAUUAUAGUGCCUGGUCUAAGUAUGAUACUGCCAUAAAAUACUUCAUGACAAUUCCUAAGUACAGAAAUCGUGCAUUAGAAAUUGCAAAGGUAGAAACAAAAGAGUCACAAAGUAGAAAAGGCCCCAAAAAAUCUAAAGCUGAGUUAAAAGAGGAGCAGGACAGAAUUAUAAGGAGGGUAAUAGAAGAAAAUAUGGACAUAAAAGGAGCAUAUGCAAAACCUGAAAUUGUUGAUAUACUGUGGGUUCAGUUAAUAAUUUUACCUUACACACUAGCAUAUUAUAUUUACUGGUAUUUGAGAUGGUUUUGGAAGUUUACAAUCCUAAAGCACCCAUACGGCACUGAAGAGAAACUGUACAUAAUCAGAAAAUAUAUGAAACUGGGUCAGCACCAGUUUAACGCAUUAGGAGAUGACGAAAAGCAAGAGUACUUAGAUGAAGAGUUGUGGAUAAAAGAAAACUUUAUUGCUUGGAAAAAAAUUAAAGAUGAGGAAACUAAAAAGUCUCUAGCAGAAAAUAAUAAAUACAAGCAAUACAGAAGGUAUAUGAAGCAACACGGCGUUGGUCGUAUGACCUUUGACGACUCAUGAUAUAUUAUCUGUAUAAAUUUUAUAACAAUGAUAUUAAAAAGAGUACCUAGUUAAUAAAAAAAAUGUGAACUAUUUAUAUAUACAAAACCAGAGUUAUCGAGUGCAUUGGACUGUUAAAUAAUUUAUUUUCACUGUUUCUCUGUAUUUUCUGGAGUUUACUAAGUGAAUGCACAAAAUAAAACAAACUUUUUAUACAA